CCUCGAAGGAAGCGUACUGCGCUGAAAGGCUGGCAGCUGUUUGCACCGGUCUUUAAUUUAGCUGUGGAAGUUUUCCAGCCCGAGCACGUGAGAACUUGGAUCCUAAGAGAUUAUUUAUUAGUAUGGCGUGCAAGAGAUAAACAAAGCCAUGCCGUGCUUCUUUCAGGCUCUCUUCAAGCGGCCUGUGGUGCUGUUCUGCCUUUCCUUUGCUAAGGUUUAAUGCCUUUCUGGCUUGUCUGUAUUUUUCUUCUUUAAAAGCAAAUUAUUUUUCUUCUAAAUGCUUCUUUAUUUUGAUCCCUGGGCCACUAUGAAGCUCUCUAAAACCUGGUUGGGAAAAAAGCUGUGUUAAGAGACUGUCUGGUAUGUUGGACCCUUUAAGGAAAAUAGAAUUGAAAUAUGUAUGGUUGCUUUGGAAGCAGGGAUGAAGAGAAAUUACUGGAGAGGUAAAGAAAAGCAUGAAUGGAGCAAUCACAAGCAAAGUUACUAUCACCGUCGGUGCAGAAGAACCAAUCACAGUAACUAUUCUGAAAGACCUGAACAGGAAGAGACGCAGUCCCCUGUGAAUGCAGGCCCCAGCAACAGUGAAAAUUCUUCUUCCAGUUUAACACAGAACUCGGUAGCACCAGAACUGCCAGGAUUUUACUAUGACUCAGAAAAGAACCGCUAUUUUCGCCUGCUGCCUGGACAUAAUAACUGCAACCCCCUCACCAAGGAGAGCAUUCAAUACAAGGCGAUGGAAUGUAAAAGACUGAGACUCUUAGAAGAGGAAGAAAAACAAAAGAAGAAAACAGCAAGGGCUGGAUUGAACUCAUCUAUGCUGUUGCACAAAAGGCAGCUAGGUUUGCUCAGCUCCACAAGUUAUUGCAGACUGGUCCAUGAAUUAAAAAUAAACUGCAUGCAGAGGAGGAAGAUAGAAAUUCACAGUCCAGAUUCCUCAGUCGAUGGAACCAACAACUUCAAAAUAAUUGUGGCAGAUGUUGCCUGUGAGCGGAUAUUCACUGUGAACGAUGUAGAGCAUGGAGGGUGUAAAUAUGGUAUCAUCAGUCUCAGUGGUUUGGGGAAGGAGUCUCUCACUGUGGAGAUGUAUGACAACCUCUACUUCACAAACCGCAAGGUGAAUUCUGUGUGCUGGGCAUCAUUGACUCAUCCAGAUUCUCAUGUUUUGCUGUGUCUCAUGGGAAUUGCAGAAACACCGGGCUGUGCCAGUCUGCUUCCAGCGUCGUUGUUCAGCAACUCUAACCCAGGAGAUCGACCUGGAAUGCUGUGCAGCUUCAAGAUAUCCACUGCCUGGUCCUGUGCUUGGUGCCUGAAUUCCCAAGCGGACAACUGCUUCAGCACAGGCCUGACACGACGAGUUCUUGUGACCAAUGUAGUGACAGGGCAUCGACAGACAUUUGGAACCAGUAGUGAUGUCUUAGCACAACAGUUUGCCACACAGACCCCAGUGCUGUACAAUGGCUGCCGUUCGGGUGAGAUUUUCAGCAUUGAUGUGCGUCAGCGCAACCGAAAGGGCCAGAGCUGGAAAGCAAUUCGUCUCUUCCAUGACUCGGCAGUUACGUCCAUUCGCCUUCUGCAAGCUGAACGUUAUCUUAUAGCGGCAGAUAUGGCUGGAAAGAUAAAACUGUGGGACCUGCGAACAGCAAAAUGUGUGAAACAGUACAAAGGCCAUCACAAUGAAUAUGCUCUUCUCCCUUUGCAUGUAAAUGAGGAGGAAGGACUUCUUACAGCAGUUGGUCAGGAUUGCUACACCAGAAUUUGGAGUCUCCAAGAUGCCCAUCUGCUUAGAACCAUCCCUUCUCCCCACCCAUCCUCCAAAGAUGCCAUUCCCAGUGUGGUGUUUUCUUCAAGACUUGGGGGUAGCCGAGGAGUUCCUGGCUUGCUCAUGGCUGUCAAACAGGAUCUCUACCACUUCUCCUAUAAUUGACACAGUUGCUAUUCUCCACUGACCUGGGAUGCAAAGCCACCAUGCUAUAGGUGACUUCAAAGUUGUUAAACAAAUCACCAUGCCAUUGAGUCAAAACGUGCUGUUGUUGCACCUGCUUUAGCUGUGAGAUACUGAAGGAGAUUCAGAAAGUCUUGCUCUAUACAUCUCAGACAUCUUAUAAGUUAAUCAGCAUUCUGCUUUUAUUUAUCAGGCAGAAUUCAGGCUCUUUGACAUCUAGUUGUAAGCUUUGAAAAGCAGGUAACUUGCAGUAGGGGGCUGAUUCUCACACAAGCUGGAUUUACUGUCAGAAGGCUGCUCUAAUUCAACCCUAGUUUGAUCAGGUGCUUGACAGCUGUGGCUACAUCUAUGUUAGCAGGUAGAGUAGCAUGGAUUAGCAGAACAAAGCAGUUAGUGCUGAGAAGCUGACGCUGUAGGUGGUCUGGGGUUUUGUUUGGACUUGCUGUGGUCUGGGUCCCUGAAGCGGCUGUCUCUGCUACUUAUCUGGUUGGAAGCAGUGCAAGGGAAAGCUAUUUCCCUAGCCUUUACUGGCUAGGGAGGGGCUAUGUCAAACUUUGCCCUUCUCAGAUGAUGGUAGCGUGCCACUGUCCUGCCACCUUUUCCUCUAAAAGGCAUCACAUGUAGAACAAAGACCCAUUCCUAGUCUAAGCCUCAGGCUGCAUGUCCUAUUUAAUUUAUCAUAGUGCUUCCUAACAAAGUCCCCACCUGAUUUGAAGUUUGGUCAUCAGCCACACAGCAGUUGUCCAGAAUGGCAGGCUUAUUCAUGCAGCUCUAGCCAGUUCUCUGGGAGCAGGAGACAAGCCCUGCCUGGAGACACCACCUCUUCCUUUGGAUGAGAUCACCCACUGUGGAUUCAGGGCUUUUGAAAACAAAGAUACGACUAGGGCCCUUAGCUGCAAAGUUGUGGCACCAGUAUUUUGGGAGCCAAUGUCUGUGUUGUCAUCCAGUGGAGUCUCAUUACCCCCAGCUCCUACCUAACAGUGGUAACCAGUUUGGGUUGGGCAAGGCCAUCCUGUAGAUGGAGUAGGCAGGAGGUGUAGACAAGAUCAGGAAUCCCCAGACACUGAAGGCUUUCAUUGAAGGCCCCACUAGGUGGGGCUGUUGAUGGGCCUCCUAACCUAUUUCACUGCAUCCAGUGCCUGGCCUGAGGCAGAUAGUGAUUGUGUUUGCCAUGAAGGCUGCCACUUUGUCCAGGAGGUGAUCCCACAGUCUUCCUGAAAAGCUUCACAGGAAGGACAUGCAACAGCCAAGUUUUCCAAAACUUGCAGAUGGAAAAGGAAUGCAGGCACUCCCUUUCUAUCAAGGGAUCCUCUUAUAGCAGUCAGAUGUAUAACUGUGUCAUCAGAGAUGCUGCUUUCUCUGGGGUUACAGGGUCCUGCCAGGGCAGCCACUGGAUGCACGCGCACGCACGCAGCUUAAUUCCAUCCUUGCUGCACUACAUGUUAAGAUGGAGAAUGUAUUCAGUUGGCUCAGUGAGAUGGCAGUGUCUGAGACAGGCUGGGUGUCUGCAUUCCCAAUGCCUUCUGCAAUCAGGUGGAUGCUGCUUGUGUGUGUGGCUUUAUCUCAGCAGGAACAACAAAGAUGAAUUUUCCUAGUGGCUAUAGGCGCAGCCUUCUGCGUAGCUGGAGUACCCAGCGUAGCACUCACACCUGGGAUACUGUUUCUUCGUUGCAGAGGAGUGUUGUGGUGCUUGGCAUCGUGGGGAGGAAGGGGCUUGCAGUUCCAUGUCAAAGCUUUUGUACUUCAGUAACUCGCAUUCCAGGAAUAAAGAAAGAA